GGACUAAAAGUGAAACAAAAAUUUCGCGGGUGUUGCAGGGAUUGAAAAUCAGUGUGGAAGUUGUAUGAAAGGUGUAAAACAUUAAUCAGUCCCAAAAUGAAAGACGACACGUUUAAUAUUAUGAUAGCUUCUGAUAUUCAUCUGGGAUAUAAUGAGUCUGACCCUAUUAGAGGUGAAGACAGUUUCAUAACGUUCGAAGAGAUUCUGAGCACAGCUGCGAAGAAAGAAGUCGACUUCAUAUUAUUGGGAGGAGACUUAUUUCAUGACAACAAACCGUCUCAACGUUGUCUUUACCGAUGUUUGUCGUUGUUACGUAGAUAUUGCAUGGGUGAUAGACCUGUGCCUGUCGAAUUCCUAAGUGAUCCUUCAGAGAAUUUCCGGCACUGUGAUAAUCCUGUAGUAAAUUAUGAAGACGAGAAUUUAAAUAUAUCGAUGCCAGUGUUCUCAAUUCACGGAAACCAUGAUGAUCCAAGUGGUCACGGAUGGAUCAGUUCUCUGGAUCUGCUAAGUGUGUCAGGGUUGGUGAAUUAUUUUGGAAAGUGGAGUGACUUGAAAGAAGUGUCCAUUACACCUCUGCUAUUAAGGAAGGGCCAGUCCCAUCUCGCUCUCUAUGGCCUGAGCCACAUCAAAGAUGAGAGACUUUCCAGGAUUUUUCGUGAUGGCAAGGCGAAGUUCUACCGGCCACGGGAACACACAGAGGAGUGGUUCAACUUGUUCGUGCUGCACCAGAACCGUGCAAACCGUGGGCCCAACAACUUCAUAGCAGAGUCCGCCCUGCCAGACUUCCUGGACCUGGUACUCUGGGGCCACGAGCACGAGUGCCGCAUCGCACCCGAGCAGGCAGAGGGUGGCAACUUCUACAUCACACAGCCGGGCAGCCCUGUUGCUACAUCUUUGUGUGAAGGAGAAGCAAAAGAGAAGCACUGUGCCAUCCUGAAGAUCAGGAAGAAGAACUUCAAGCUGGACUUGAUACCUCUGCGGACUGUGCGGCCAUUCGUCUAUGACACCAUCACGCUUUCCAAGUGUAAUAUAAACAUGGCAGACGCCAGCAAGCCCUCACAUGCUGUCCAGAACUACGUGGGGAACUACAUACAGAACAUGCUGGACAGUGCUGCCAGGCAACUGAGCGGAGACCCAAAGCAGCCCCUGAUUCCUCUGGUGCGCCUCAGAGUAGAGUACGCAGAUGAGACGCAGAUGUUCAACGAGAUCCGAUUUGGGCAGAUGUACCAGGAGAAGGUAGCGAACCCGCAGGACAUGGUAAUGCUGCGGAAGGAGCGUGCCGAUGGCAAGAAGAAUAUUACUUCAGAUGCCAAGCUGGACCGCCAUGCGAUGGAUGCCCUUCUCCAGGCAGAGGAUCCUGAACUACUGUCCAACACGCACAUUGAGACGUUUGUCCAGAAGUAUUUUGAAGAAGUCAAUCCCGAGGGUAAGCUGCGUGUUUUAUCGGUCCGGGGCCUGACCGAAGCUGUCACACGCUACGUGGAGAAGGACGACCGUAACGCUAUCAAGGACAUCUUCAACCACCAAGUGAAGCGCACUCUGGAGUACCUCGGCAAGAAGAACGUGGCCAGCGACAAGCUCGACGAAGAGAUUGAGAACUACAGGCUGCAGAGGCAGGCGAAGCAAGAGGAGGAGAUGAAAGAGGUGAAAGAAGUGCUGGAAGCCGAAGAGCGGAAUUCUCAGCUGAUGGCAUCACGAAUGCAAAAUAAUUCUGACGAAGACAGAAACGAUGCCAUCUCUUCGGGCAGCGACGACGAUGGCAGUGGAGCCAUUUUUGGUUUUGGCGGAAAGGAGUCUAGAGGGCGCGGAUCGCGUGGAAGUCCGCGUCCUCGUGGGAGAGGCCGUGCAGCCAGAGGAGUCUCGAAGGAAGACGCGACGGGGGACGUGCCGGCGAGGGCCAGGGGAGGCAGGGGCAGCCGUGGCCCGAGGGGCAGCAGAGGCAAGGGUACAUAUGAGCCUGUGGCACAAAGGACUAUUGCUGAGUCAUUCACGGGCCAGAGUAGCAGGAGCAGCGGCAGAAGCACGAAGAAGUCUACGAUUGUGUUCAGUGACAGUGAUUAACUCCCACCAGUAUGUGAAAUAGAGGAGCAUCAGUUCACUGUGGGCUUCAAAGGGCACAGACUGUCCACUGUGGUGAGAGUGCUUGUUAUAGUGUGCAAAGUGUAACAUUAUGUGACAGAUAGACAGAUAUAGCUGUGGCAUACAUGUUGCUUAAUUUUGUGUCAAACAGUCAUGUUAUGUACCCUUAUUUUAUACCAUGUAAGUUUGUACUUCGAACUGAAUGUCUGUUGUUAUAUUGGGCGAAAGUUUUGUUAAUAAAUCUGCAGUGUUAUCAGUUUUA